AUGGCUUUUCCCUUCUCUUCUCUGUUCACUCUUACCCUUCUUCUCGCCAGCUCUCGCGGCCAACGACAGGGAACUAUUGGACCUGUCGGGGACCUCGUCGUCUCCAAUGGGAACGUCAAUCCAGAUGGCUUUGAACGCCUCGCUGCAUUGGCAAAUUCUCAGAUAGAUGGCGCGCUCAUCACGGGAAACAAGGGGGAUAUAUUCCAAAUCAAUGUCGUCAACGAUCUCGACAACAAUACGAUUCUCCAGAGCACGUCUAUCCACUGGCACGGUCUCUUCCAGAAGGGAACUAACUGGGCUGACGGACCUGCUUUCGUGAACCAGUGCCCUAUCGUGAAAGGAGACUCGUUUCUGUAUACUUUUGAUUCUACCGACCAAGCAGGAACGUUCUGGUACCACUCUCAUUUGUCGACUCAAUACUGUGACGGCCUUCGCGGGCCUUUCAUCAUCUACGACCCUGAUGAUCCACAUGCCGACUUGUAUGACGUCGACGAUGACAGCACAAGUAUCUUGACAUUGUCGGACUGGUAUCAUUCACCUGCUAAACGAUUGGGCUUCCCUACUCCGGACGCGACACUCAUUAAUGGCCUGGGCCGAUGGAGCGAGGACCCCUCUCAUGAUUUGGCAAUAGUAAGCGUCGCACAGGGAACCCGGUACCGCAUUCGAAUGAUCAACGUUGGUUGUGACGCGGCCUUCACUUUUUCUAUUGCAAACCAUUUGAUGACGGUUAUCGAAGUCGACGGUGUCAACCAUGUCCCUUACACCGUAGAUGAAAUCCAUAUCUUUGCUGGCCAACGAUACUCGUUUGUUUUGAACGCCGACCAGGAGGUUGGUAACUACUGGAUUCGUGCCAACCCAAGUAUUGGUACGCUAGGAUUCGAAGGUGGGAUUAAUUCUGCCAUCCUCCGAUACGAGGGUGCAGAUGAGGUGGAACCCGAAACCGCAUCUUUACAAGCACUGAUGAGCGUCUCUCGAAAGCCUCUCGAGAACCCAGGAGCCCCUGGAUCCCCCGAAGUCGGAGGUGUUGACUUAGCGCUCAACCUGGCCUUCGCUUUCACAACCUCUGGAGUGUUCACGAUCAAUGGCGCCUCAUUUGUUCCCCCGACAACUCCAGUUCUUUUGCAGAUUUUGAGCGGUGCGCAGAAUGCCAAUGACCUCCUUCCCGAGGGCACUGUUUACCCCCUUCCGGUGAACUCUACAAUCGAAAUUUCUAUGCCAGGCGGCGUCGUUGGUGGACCGCACCCGUUCCAUUUGCACGGCGAAUUUAUCAUGAUUAGCACACCUUUCGAUGUCGUCCGAAGUGCUGGUAGUACCGUAUACAACUACGAGAAUCCCGUGAGGCGAGAUGUCGUCAGCAUCGGUAAUGCGGGCGACAAUGUUACGAUCCGGUUCACAACUGAUAACCCUGGACCAUGGUUCCUUCACUGCCACAUUGACUGGCACCUGGAGGCCGGACUCGCCAUUGUUUUCGCAGAAGCUGUAGAGAGCUGGAACUCCACUAUUAAUCCCACCGAUCAAUGGGAUCAACUCUGCACAAUAUACGAUAAUACGCCUGAUGAAGAUCUUUAA